CUGUUAUCUGUAGGCUUUCUUAUCUUUUAUGCCGCCAACGUUAGGAACCUUGAAGAUAAAUACCUUUCACUGAAACUAUGGAAAAAUAUUUCACUUGUGUAAUAGUGUUCUUCAUCUUUGUUAUUUUUUCGUCACACUUUUCUGGUAUUGGAGCAGAAAACGGAGCUUUACCGACUGUGAGUACAAAGAAUGUAACAGCUCACUAUUGUCCGUUUCCAUGCACGGUUGGCAACGAGACAUUAUGUGUUCCUCCCCCGUGUCCACCACCAGCAUGUGUAGAUCCUGCAAGGUACAAGCCCACGGAUUGCUGCGUUUACUGUCCCCAUGGUCCAAAUUGUCGCGGUCCCGAUGAGAGUGUCAUUCCAUGGAAUCAUUGGAAAAUUGUUGACGGAAAAAACUGUACAUGCAAAUAUUUAGGACAGGAUGCCACCUGUGUGUGAAAUACGUACAUUUUUACUAUUAAUUUUAUGAUAAAUUGCUAGUCUUGACUAUAUUCGACGACUUUGUAAAAUUAUGUAUACCUUUUAAUGAAAUUGCAGCAUUAAAA